CUUGAUUGUACCCUUGACUUCAAGCAAACAACCGCAUUUCCACAUGCAAGUUCUUAAGUCCUGAAACCAUUACACCUCUCCGCAUACCCCGGAGCACCUCACACGUAUUGAAUCCCCAUAACGCUCUGUCUCAUUAUGAUCGCAUUUAUCUUGCCCUUUGCUACGGUUGUUUAUUUUCCGCUCUUUCCACAUAUAUAUUGCCUUCGGUUAUCCAUACACUAGCGUAUUUGUAUUACAUUACCCAGGGUAUUUCCUGGACCUGUAUUGGCAAUGUAUAUUCACUGUCUUUAUUGAAUACGAUAACACCGCACUUUCUAACGCUAAAUUUCAGACCUAGAUUCUCGCCUUCCUGUUCACAGAUAUUAGCCGAACGUCGAAUAUCACUUUGCUUGCUAGCUAGCAACACGACGUCGUCCGCAUAAAACAAACCUGGAAGCUGCUGCUCUACUAUUAUACCCACCUGUUUGUGUGAAAGAUUAAACCCAAUAUUGAUUCCUUUUUUCAUUUAUUUAAAUUUAUAAAUUUAUUUAUUUAUUUAUUUAUUUAGUUAUUUAUUUAUUUAUUUAUUUAUUUAUUUAUUUAUUUAUUUAUUUAUUUAUUUAUUUAUUUAUUUAUUUAUUUAUUUAUUGAAAGACUUGGUAGGUUGUGAGCUUGUUUUUUUUUUCUUUUUUUUUUUGCGAACUGCUUGCGAAAAUGCAUUGCGCCAUUUUAUGUCCUCACAUUCUAAUUGUUGCACUCUUUUACAUCGGUGCACCGGAAUUGCCAACCGAUGCGCUGGAACGGUCAUUAAUUUCAUUUCGAUGGUUGACUGCUGAGAUCACUUCAUCAUCUGACAUACUUUUGUGGGUUCAAGCUGAAUAUUUCGCGUGAGCGUAUCAGCAGCCAAACUGACUGCAGAAAUUUCCUCUCACGCAGGCUACGACCAUGGACUGUCUAGCAGUAGCAGGCAGCCUGUUGGUGGCCGCACUUCUUUAUUUCGUACUGCAACGAUGGCUGCUCGGAAAACGAGCGCCGCCCGGGUCGAGGCUGCCUCCGGGUCCUCCGGGUUAUCCACUAGUGGGUCACCCGCAGUUCAUGCGCAAGGACUUCCACUGCAACCAGGCCAUGAAGUGGGCCAAGCAGUACGGACCCAUAUACAGGGGCCUGGACAAGGGGCGAGGGGGAGGGUGGAAUUACCUGCUCCACUUGAGAAUCAAGACAGGCCCUACAGACAUGGUUAUGCUGAACGACUUCCAGUCGAUAAAGAAGUUCCUCACUAAAAGAGAAGUCCUGUACCGUCCAGUCAACUGGUUGUAUAGGGGAGCAGUGUACUCAGGUGUGGCAACGAUGAACGGCGAACUAUGGGAACACAACCGGAGGUUCUGUCUUCACGUCCUCCGGAAUCUUGGUUACGGCAAGACUUCCAUGGAGGACCACGUAAAGGUAAGUAUCUCUUGCAAAAACGCCGGCGUCCAACGCGCUAGGUGUCUUGUACUGAAAAAAAACUCGCCAUUCAGGCCCUGCGAAAGACGCCCUUCACGCUUCAAGUAUGAACAGGAAACUGGUGUCGUAUUCACCCAGAAGUUCUCACACCGGCUAUUCCUGACAAUCAUGGAAUCCUACAGCGUCAACUCAGGUUCUGACGAGUGUCAGAGCAUAAUAGGUAAAGUGGCAGAGGCGAAGGGAGCCCCUAUCGCCUUCCAGGACUACCUGCUAACCAGCACGUCGAAUAACAUCUCGGCACUGGUCUACGGGCGCGGGUACCCGUUCGACCACCCGCGUCGCCGUUUCCUCGACAGCCUUCUCAACGACCUGUUAAGCGCUAUCCGGGCCGGUAGCCUGGUUGAAUUCUUGCCUCCCUUCCUCCUGAAGGUUGUUUCCAAAUUGCCUUCAACGCGCCAGACGACCAUUGUCUCCAAACUAUUGGAGUUCGUUGAGGACACCAAAAAACAAAUCGAGGAGCACAAGGCGACCCUUGACGAGCACUUCAAUCGUGACUUCAUCGACGGAUACCUAAGGAAGAUCAAAGAACACGAGGCGGAUCCAAAUUUAAAUUUUCAGCAUGGGGCUGAUUGCCGCGCAGAGCCAUACCUCCUGGGCAACCUGCUGAGCUUCUUCAUCGCCGGCUCGAACACGGUGGCAGUCACCCUCCAGUGGCACGUUUUGAACUUGGCAGACAAGCCGGACACGGUGCAGGCCGGGAUUCGCCGCGAGAUCGACGAAGUGGUGGGCAAAGAGAGGCAUCCCGCGUGGGAGGACAGGAAUAAGAUGCCUUACACGAUGGCCUGCAUCUGGGAGAUGUACCGCUGGAAGACUGUGUCGCCUCUCGGUGUUCCCAGAAGCGCCGGUGAAGACACGUUCUUCGACGAGUAUUACAUUCCGAGAGGAACCACCAUUUCACCCAACGUCUGGGCGGUGCACAAUGACCCUACGCUCUGGAAGGAGCCUUCCAAGUUCGACCCAGGCCGCUUCUUGAGGGAGGACGGCUCUUUGAUUCAACCGAAACCAGAGUACCUGAUCCCAUUUUCAAUCGGUAAACGGAUGUGUCCAGGCGAAAUCCUGGCCUCCGUGGAGAUAUUCCUCUACCUCACCAGCCUACUCCAAAAGUAUCUCAUCCUCCCCGAAGGAGACAAGAUCCACGGUCUGGACUCUGCCGACAUCCCGCCUGCGGAGCUCAAAAAGUACAAAGUGCGGUUCGUGCCCCGAUAGCGUUGCCGUUGGGGCCGAGCUACUAGUAAGAUGUCCAUUCCCUGCAGCCGAGCAGAGUCGGGACAAUUUUCAAAGUGUUCCUCAUCUCCAAAUGAAGGUGUUUGUCCGAAGAUAUGACAACCCAACCUUGUUUUUCAACAACGUUUCCCGAGAUUCAGCACUAUACCUCCAUACUAUACGCAUUUCAACUUGAAAAGAGAGUGGCGUGAAGGAUGAAGAACUUCCAUACGUGCUGUACAGAUCAAAGAGCAUAGUCUUGAUCAAUCAAUUAGUCAGAAAUUAUUGAGCUAUUGAGCACCAUAUCAAUGGCGAGAGGCGCAAAUGAUUGACCUGAGGCCCUGUGCCCCGUAGAAGAAAUUUGGAGUUGGCGGACAGCAGCUCCUUGAAGUGAAAAAAUGAAGCAGUUUUUACGAUUUAUUCAGAAAGCGAAGAUUACUCAGGAGUAAACAAUACAUACAGCUCAAAUUCAUGUACACAGUCAGUGCAGAAAGACAAAAAAAGUAGGCUUUACACGGGUGGAUGAAAAGUAGAUAAAUCAAACGGUGGCUCUAAACAACCCUAUUGAAAGGGUCUGAACCAGAGAUUGUUAGUGCUGCUUCAUGGCGAAAAACAACUUUCGUCCUCUUUGGACUUUGUUGUACCGUUUUUCUCGCGCUGUAGGUCUCCAUGAACACUGUUGAAAUAUAAACCCAGACGAGAUAGAUUUCCCCAGGUACAGUUGGACUUGAAUUGGCCAAAACGUAAUAACGUGUCCUACUAUAGAAAUUACUCUGUGUGUCUCCUCGCAACUACACGUUGUCACAUAUUUUUCAUACUUGUUUAAUUUCUGUUGCUUACGUGACACGUUGUGCUGUAUGUCAUUUUAUAUGUUCGUGAGUAAAAUGUAUUUUUAU